AGCCUGCAGAUUGUGGAUUCUAGACACAAAUAUCUCGAAGCCUUACACCUUCUGAUAUCACAAUGAUACAGUAACUCCUCAAAAACAACGCCAACUUUCACAAUCAUGGCAGCUCCUAUGGACCAGAGAAUUAAUGUUCCAAUAGACGAUCCAAAUGCAGAUACGGAAUGGAAUGAUAUUCUGCGAGCAAAGGGGAUAAUCCCCGAGAAACCUCCUUCCCCCACACCCCUUAUCGAGGAAGCUAUUUUGGAAGCACGACGUCUUGCGCAUGAGAACCGACUUGAAGGCAAGGACCUUGAUGAGCUCGAUGCUCUCGAGGAUGAAGAGGACGAUGCAUUCCUCGAACAGUAUAAAAAACAACGAAUGGCAGAAUUAUCGUCAAUAUCGAAGAAAGCCAAGCACGGCGCUGUAUAUCCAUUAUCGAAGCCUGACUAUCAGAGAGAGGUAACCGAUGCUAGCCAAGAUUCGCCAGUAUUGGUCAAUCUCACAAGCGGGUUGGGCACGAACGUGGAGAGUAGGGUUUUGACAGAGUUGUGGAGAAGAGCAGCUGCAGAGUUCGGGGAGGUGAAGUUCUGCGAAAUGAGGGGUGACAUGGCCAUUGAGGGAUAUCCAGAUAGGAAUUGUCCUACAAUACUGGUGUACAACAAAGGAGACAUCGUUAAACAAGUGGUUACACUGAUGACAAUGGGGGGUCUACGCGUAGGAAUGGCAGAGAUUGAUAAGCUUUUGAUCGAAAUUGGAGCUAUCAAAGACAAUGAUAUGAGAGUUACGAAGCGGAGACGUGACGCAGAGGAUGAAGAAGAAGAGCGUCAAGAGAAGGGUGGCAUUCGAGGUUCGAAGCUGGCCAAUGUAGAAAGUGACGACGAUGAUUGGUAAAAGGAGACCUUGAAUCACAUUGCAUAGCAUUUGGAGUUAUGGUGUAUAUAGGAAGACAAAAGAUCUUUAAUUUGUCUGUAUUUACCACAUUGGAUUUAGACGCGAAUCUUUGUUCGCAGAUUCACAGAUUUGAUGAGUCU